GUUAUCAAAAACAUAAGAAAACAAAACUACAUUUGUUUGUUUAUUUUAGUAAAGACAAAUUGAAGAGUGUGAGUGGUAUAUAAUAGACACUGCAAAUAAUAAAUUCCGGGAACACAAAAAGUUGGUUCACUCUCUUCCAAUCUAGAGCCAACAAGAUCAGAGCCUCAACUGAAGCUUUUUGAGUGCUUCAAUGGAGGAAGAUUCAAGUCAAAUGGCAAAAGCAACAUCAACCCACACGGAAGCUGAAGCUCACGAAGAAGAAAGAGACCCGGAGAGCAACUCAUUACAUCAACCACUCCUGAAAAGAAACAGAACGUUGUCUUCUAAUCCACUUGCCCUGGUUGGAGCAAAAGUUUCCCAUAUAGAGAGCUUGGACUAUGAGAUCAAUGAAAAUGAUCUCUUUAAGCAUGACUGGAGACGCAGAUCAAAAGUACAGUUGUUGCAGUAUAUAUUCUUGAAAUGGACACUGGCCUGCAUUGUUGGACUGUUAACAGGCUUAAUUGCCACCCUUAUCAAUCUUGCAAUUGAGAACAUUGCUGGAUACAAACUUCUUGCUGUUGUAAACUUAAUAGAGAAGGAUAGGUACAUAGCAGGGUUCUUCUAUUUCACCGGGAUCAAUUUUCUUCUAACCUUGAGUGCUUCUGUUCUCUGUGUAUGUUUUGCACCUACUGCAGCUGGUCCUGGAAUACCUGAAAUUAAAGCUUAUCUGAAUGGAGUUGACACUCCAAACAUGUUUGGUGCUAGAACAUUGAUUGUCAAGAUCAUUGGAAGCAUUGGAGCAGUCUCUGCAGGACUAGAUUUGGGAAAAGAAGGGCCUCUGGUGCAUAUUGGAAGUUGCAUUGCUUCAUUACUAGGUCAAGGGGGGCCUGAUAACUACCGUAUAAAAUGGGGAUGGAUUCGCUACUUCAAUAAUGACAGAGACCGGCGUGAUCUCAUCACAUGUGGUGCAUCCUCAGGGGUAUGUGCCGCUUUCAGAGCACCGGUGGGUGGUGUCUUGUUUUCUCUUGAAGAGGUAGCAACUUGGUGGAGAAGUGCCCUUCUUUGGAGAACUUUCUUUAGCACAGCAGUUGUGGUGGUGGUGCUCAGGGCUUUCAUUGAAAUAUGCAAUUCUGGAAAAUGUGGGCUCUUUGGUACUGGGGGACUUAUCAUGUUUGAUGUGAGCAAUGUAAUAGUUAGAUAUCAUGUAAUAGAUGUCAUCCCUGUAACCAUCAUUGGCAUUAUUGGUGGAGUUCUGGGAAGCCUCUACAACCAUCUUUUGCACAAAAUCCUCCGACUCUACAAUCUCAUUAAUCAGAAAGGAAAAAUACAUAAGCUACUGCUUAGUCUCUCUGUCUCACUCUUCACUUCCGUGUGCCUAUAUUGUCUCCCUUUCUUUGCCAAAUGCAAAGCUUGUGAUCCUUCCUUUACUGAAACUUGCCCCACCAAUGGACGAUCAGGAAACUUCAAGCAAUUCAACUGCCCAGAUGGCUACUACAAUGACCUCGCUACUCUUCUCCUUACUACCAACGAUGAUGCUGUUCGAAACAUCUUCUCCUCCAAUACUGCCACUGAAUUUCACAUCACUUCCCUCCUAAUUUUCUUUGCACUGUAUUGCAUUUUAGGACUCUUUACUUUUGGCAUUGCUGUGCCUUCUGGACUUUUCCUCCCAAUCAUCCUGAUGGGCUCAGCCUAUGGCCGUCUUCUUGGCAUUGCCAUGGGAUCCUAUACCAAAAUUGACCAGGGGCUCUAUGCUGUUCUUGGCGCGGCCUCUCUCAUGGCUGGCUCAAUGAGGAUGACUGUUUCACUUUGCGUAAUAUUUCUUGAACUAACCAACAAUCUUCUGUUACUUCCUAUGACAAUGAUUGUUCUUCUAAUAGCUAAAACAGUUGGAGAUAGCUUCAAUCCAAGCAUAUACGAAAUCAUACUGGAACUAAAAGGCCUACCUUUCUUGGAUGCAAAUCCAGAGCCAUGGAUGAGAAAUCUCACAGUUGGAGAGCUUGCUGAUGCCAAGCCACCAGUGAUUACCCUGUAUGGAAUAGAGAAGGUGUCCCGCGUUGUUGAAGUACUGAAAAAUACUACACAUAAUGCCUUUCCUGUAAUAGUCGAUGGAGUGGUACCACCAACAGGACUAGCCAUUGGAGCCACAGAACUGCAUGGAUUGAUCCUGAGAGCUCAUCUUGUUCAAGCUCUGAAGAAGAAGUGGUUCCUUCAGGAGAAAAGGAGGACAGAGGAGUGGGAAGUGAGGGAGAAAUUUACAUGGGUAGAGCUCGCUGAGAGAGGGGGGAAGAUAGAGGGAGUGGCCGUGGCAAGUGAUGAAAUGGAAAUGUACAUUGAUUUGCAUCCUCUUACCAAUACAACUCCUUACACAGUGAUGGAGAGCAUGUCAGUGGCGAAAGCUCUAGUGCUUUUCCGGCAAGUAGGGCUCCGCCAUAUGCUCAUUGUCCCCAAGUAUGAAGCAGCAGGGGCGUCUCCAGUGGUGGGGAUCUUGACCAGGCAAGAUUUAAGGGCUUACAACAUUUUGACAGCCUUUCCACAUCUGGCAAAAUCUAAAGGCGCAGAAAAGCACUGAAGAAAUUUCUUUUUCUUGAGGCCUUGGCCUUGACCCCUCUUGAAGACAGCCAAAACUUCAAUGCUGCAAUCAUCGCAAAAUACUUAUCAAUGUGAUUUUAAAGCAAAGAAGAAAAAGGGAGGAAGAACGUAUACAACAUAGGAUUAAUAAGCACAAGUAUAGGAUGUUCACUUGUUUCUAGUGGUAAUCAGAAAGGCAAUUUCAAUGAAAUUGGAGUACCUCUGGGUGCCAGGGAAGAAAUUAUAACCGUGGACUUUCUCCAAAUGCCAUUUCUUGCUAGACAACAAUGACUUGCAGUCCUGUUAGAUGAUUUGGCACAAUUAGCUUAAGAAAAUAAUCCAAAGUAAAAUUUAAGAAUGACCUGCAAACAUAUGACCUAAUUAUAUGGCACUACAAUAGUGGCUGCUUUAAUUGUAUAGCUACCUCUUUAAAGCUUUGCCAUCCACAGCUUAUAUAAAUGAGGGUUU